GGCAAAGGCACGCGCAUCCGGAGCAGAGCAAUCAGAGCCAGAAAUAUCUCCGCUCCGCUCCUGCGCUUUUGCGCCCUUUUCUUCUUCUUCUUCUUCUUCUUCUUCUUCUCCCCCCACCCGCACCAGCACGGCGCCGCCCCGUCCGUCCCCGAUGGCCGGCGGCGAGGCUGAGGCGGAGCGGGUGGCGGCACUGCUGCGGGAGAUAACGGGGGAGGGCGGGUUCGCGUUCGUCGCCUCGGCGGAGAAGGCGGCGGCGGGGGCCGGGGACCUGCGCGCGGCGGAGGCCGCGCGGGAGAUGGCGUGGGAGCAGCUCCACUCGGGCCCCUGGAGCGAGGUGGGCGCCGCCUGGCGGGACGCCUACGCGCUCGCCUGCCUCCACGUCGCGCGGCUCCGCGCGGGCGGUGACCGGGCCGCCGCGCUCAAGGCGCUCGACAUGGGGCUCAUCAUGGGGGGCAACCUGCUCCGCGCCGACCUCGAGGCCGCCCUGGCGCGCAUCUCCGCCGAGCCGUGCGGCGGCGAGGACGGCGCGGUGGCCGUCGAUGAGGAGGACCAAAGGUGGAGGGACGGGCUCGACAGGAACCGAGACAUCGCUGAUGCACUCAAAAUUCUUCCUGUGAAGUCUUUAUCCUGUAAGAAAGUUGAGAGGCUAUCACACAUUUCCUUGGAGGAGUUUAUAUGUAAUUACUUUUUACGUGAGUCCCCUGUCAUAAUCAGUGGCGCCAUCGAUCAUUGGCCUGCAAGGACAAAAUGGAAGGACAUUAAAUACCUCAAGAAGAUUGCUGGAGAUCGGACUGUUCCUGUUGAAGUUGGAAAAAACUAUGUGUGUAGUUUCUGGAAGCAGGAGCUUAUCACAUUUUCUCAGUUCCUCGAGAGGAUGUGGUCAACUGAUUGUCCAUCAAAUUUGACAUAUCUAGCUCAGCAUCCAUUGUUUGAGCAGAUAAAAGAGCUCAGUGAAGACAUAAUAGUUCCUGACUACUGUUAUGCUGGUGGAGGUGAACUACAGUCACUCAAUGCUUGGUUUGGCCCACACGGAACAGUUACACCAUUGCACCAUGAUCCACAUCACAACAUUUUAGCUCAGGUCUUGGGCAGGAAGUAUAUUAGACUCUAUCCUGCUUCCAUAUCUGAAGAGUUGUAUCCACACACAGAAACUAUGCUAAGCAAUACCAGUCAGCAAUGGUAUUGCAAACUGGACCAACUUGCUAGUGCAUUUUGAUGGCUUUGCAUACAAAAGGUUUCCACUUUCCACUCUCUAUGUCAUUUGGUUUCCUUCAUGCUUAUUAGCAUUUUUAUAAAUUUGUUUUCUAUUUCGGUACAUUUCUGAUAGUUACUGUAUGUUUGCCAGUCGAUCAGUGAUUACUUUCUGGGACUGCUCAUUCUUAUUCCUGGGUCCAAAUUAUCUUGAUAAAUUCUCGUUUCCAAAUCUUGUUGGGCUUUGCUCGCUGUAGUUAGAAUGCACUGCUGUCGUGCUAAUAAUUGUCUAUGCAGGUAGAUCUUGACAACAUCGAUUUGAAGGAGUUCCCUAGGGCCGAAAACCUGGAAUUCAUGGAUUGCAUACUGGAGGACGGUGAACUGCUCUACAUCCCACCAAAAUGGUGGCACUACGUCAGAUCUCUCUCCACAAGUUUCUCGGUUAGCUUUUGGUGGCGUGCAACAGUUCAACCUUCAGGCGGUUCAUAGCGUCAAUUCUCUCUCUCUCCCUCGCUGGAGUCAGAUUGCAGA